AUGUGGUACUUGGCGUAUUUCAUGCAUCGCCACCUCGACUUCCGCCUCGACGAGCUGCAGUCCCUCGCCGUCCUCGCUGGCGUGCAGCCGCCAGCUCAGCACGCCGCGCCACGUCACGAUGACGUGGAAUUGCGGCCGCCUGCCAGCUCGGAUUCAUCGGAGGGAGAACGAGGCGGAGAGAAGGGAAACGAAGGGGAGAGGGUGGUUGAGGAAGUGAGGGGAGACGAAGGCAGCGAGGAGACGAGGAGGGGAGAAGAGGGGAGUGCAGUUACUGCAGUCGAAAGGGGAGAGGAUGAGGAUGAAAUAUCAGGAGGAGGGGAGAGCGAGUGGGAGCCAGUAAGAUGGAGGAAGCCACGUGGCGAUCACAUGGACUCGCCGUUCUUCUACGUGGAUCUGCCGUCUGAUGACGUGGCGAGGCAAAUGGCCUCUAGAAGCCUGCUUAUAAAGGGGAUAUUCGACAUAUGGGCGGAGGCGCCAACCUACGAGGCCCUAAAGCCGCAGGUGCAGGCGAACCUGGCUUCCAAGGUGACGCCCUUCACAGCCCCCGGCUACACGUUCAAGAUCGUUGUUGAUGGCUUUGGCAAGCUCUUUUCGAUGGAGGAGCAGCGGGAUCGCAUAGAGCGAUUCACGUACAUCCCCUUCCAGGGCAAGGUGAAGCUGAGCUCGCCCGAGUACAAGUUCUGGGUGAUAGAGCAGGCCGCAGAAUGCACCAACAACGGCCUCCCCCCCAACAUGCCCUUGCGUGUGUUCAUUGGCCGAGAGGUAGCGGUAUCAGACCGGACCGUUGCCACGAAGUACGAGCUCAGUCGCCGCCGCUACCUGGGUCCCACCGCCAUGGAUGCUGAGCUGUCGCUGCUCAUGGCCAAUCAGGCGCUGGCGCGGCGGGGGGCUCUCAUGUACGACCCGUUCGUGGGGACAGGGAGUAUCCUGGUGGCUGCUGCUCACUUCGGCGCCAUCACUCUGGGAGCGGACAUAGACAUCAGGGUGGUGAGGGAUGGCAAGGGCCCCAAUCGGGACGUGUGGGCCAACUUCCACCAGUACUCGCUUCAACCACCAGUGGGGUUACUGCGGGCGGACAACAACUGCCCUCCCUGGAGGCAAGACCUAAGAGAGAUGUUCCAUGCCAUCAUUUGUGAUCCUCCGUAUGGUGUCCGGGCAGGCGGCCGAAAGUCGGGCGGGAGGAAAAUUCUCAACGGGGUGACCGACCCGUACUCCAUAGCAGACAACCUGAAAGCUGCCCACAUCCCCUCCACCGCCCCUUACUCACUCGAAGAGUGCCUACACGAUCUUUUAGACACGGCUGCCCGGCUGCUCGUCAUUGGCGGGCGGCUCGUUUACUUUUACCCUGCUGCCCGAGAGGAGUAUGUGCCUGAGGAAAUUCCAGGGCAUCCGUGCCUGAAGCUGGUGGCCAAUAGCGAGCAGAUUCUGACAAAGCGGUGGAGUAGGCGGCUUGUGACUAUGGUGAAGGUUGCUCUGUACAGCGAUGACAUGGCAGCUGCACACGUGGCAGCGCAUGAGUGGUUCAGAAAGAAGCAGAUUGAGGAGAGUAAGAUGAUGAGGGAGAUGGGGGAGGCAGGGGAGAUGAGGUGGCAGGGAUUCACCAGCAGGCCUCGGUGCGAGGCAUGA